GAUUGACAUUCGUUCAUGUCCGUUUGCGAGAAAGAUCCUCGCGAGUUUAGCUCAAGCACGGCCGCUGAGUCCCAGUCCCAUCGUGUCUACAAGAAACGCACUGCCCAAGACAGUGAGGCCUCGUUUCGCGGUGUACGUAAGCGGAGGUGGGGGCGUUACGUCUCCGAGAUACGUUUACCGGGCCAAAAGACUCGGAUAUGGCUGGGGUCGUUUGGGUCUGCGGAGAUGGCGGCUCGGGCGUAUGACUCUGCAGCUUUCUUCUUAAAAGGCGACUCUGCCAUCCUCAACUUCCCGGACUUGGUGGGGUCGCUUCCCCGGCCUGAGUCUUGCUCGAGGAGGGAUAUACAAUCGGCGGCGGCCAAAGCGGCUUUGUAUGAGCGGAGGAUUGAUGAAGGCCCGAAAUGCAUGGGAUGGUGGGAUGAGACUGGGACGGCGGCGUUUGAGGAAGAGAAAGUAGGGCCUUUGCUAAGUCCUGUGAGUUGGAUUCAAUGGAGGGAGAACUGUGGUCUUUCAUGGAUCAUGAUCUUGACUUCUUAACUUCAUGUUUCUAGUUUUGAGUUUUGAAUUGUAAAUAUAAAACCUUUCAUUGUUACUCAUUAUCUCA